AUGAAGCUGUGCGGCACUGCAACAUUUCCCGUCCCUCCACCUUUCCCGGAGAGGGAAAUCUUUCUUUUACUCCGGCCUGCCAAUCCCGUGGACGGUGGCUCGCAAAGGACAAUGGUUCCCAUGUCAGCAGGAAACCGCGUUCCCCCUCCCCCACGGGAGGAGCGGAGCGGGAGGUGGGGGUGCGGUGAGGUGGGUAGUGGAAGCACCGAGGGUGCCCCUGAGAGGAGGUUGCUACAAGUAGAGCAGAGUUUUCCGAGUCCAAGAAGGGCGUAGUCGCGGGAGUGUGGAGCGAUGCUGGAUAUAGAAAACAGCGAAAUCCUGGAAAAGCCGACCCGGGGGCUCGUGGCCGGCCCGAACAUGCGCCGUUUUCGGCGGCGCUACUUUAAUAUGUCCGAAGUGGCCAGGCACAACACGGCCGACGACCUGUGGGUAACCUACCUGGGUUCUGUGUACAAUCUCACUUCGCUGGCCCAGGAGCACAGAGGGAGCGUGCUGAUGAAGCCCAUCGUGGAGGCGGCGGGACAGGACAUCAGCCACUGGUUUGACCCCAUUACCGGAGAUAUCCGAACGCACAUAGAUCCGCUGACCGGCUGCCUCAAGUAUUACACCCCCAGGGGGCGCUUCGUGCACAUCCCUCCGCAGCUGCCCCGCUCAGAUUGGGCCAAUGACUUUGGCACGCCGUGGUGGAGACAGGCCCAGUACGAGGUGGGGCUGCUCUCCCAGAAGACCCGGCUCAUUCGCAUCAUCAACACGCUCACUUCUCAGGAGCACACGCUGGAGGUGGGGGAACUGGAGUCCAUGUGGGAAAUCCUGCACCGAUAUCUCCCCUACAAUGCUCAUGCUGCCAGCUAUACUUGGAAGUUUAAUGGUGUCAACCUGGACAUGGACAAGACCCUGGAGCAAAAUGGGAUUGCCGAUGAGGAUCGAGAGUUCGAAAGCCUUAACAUGGACUCAGAGAUGUUCACACCUGCCUUGUUACUGUACUUCAAUGAUGACCUCACUGAACUAUAAGGAGAUACACAUGUAAUAUGUAGACUAGAGAGAGAACAGGGUGUAUGGCUCAGUCUCUGUGCCCUGGGGAAAAGGGGAAAGCCUAAAUCUAGUUCUCCAUCCCACUCUUGAACUCUUAACUCUCAGCCCCUGCUUUCCACCAAGGCCCCCAAUCCUUUGGGAACUCAGGAGUACUUAACCUCAUUUCACAUAGCACACUGAGGAUAUUAGAUUUUUUUUUAGUCAGGACCAGACAAAGUAAGAUUAACUUCACCCAAGCAACUUCCUUAAUAAGGUGAGAGUACAGGAAAAUCUGGAGUCUUCUUUAUUUCUCUCCUGUGAAGAGGUACUGAAGCAGGCAUUAGGGAAAUGGGUAAAGAAUCUUGCCUCAAAGUGAAGCAGAGAGGCAGAGAGGAAGCAAGCAAGGGCCUUAGGAGGGCUAGGAUACCAUAAGAAUUUAAUCAUCUGUGCCUAUAACCGGCCCACCUCUUCUCUAGGAUAAUAGUGGGAAAACAAAUCACCAAGGGUUUGGGGAAAGUUCUUGACGCACCUUGAAACUGGGAAAUCAACAGACAUUGCAAGUUCCUGUGACAAAAAUGAAACCUCUUGGUCUUGUACUGAGUGUAACAAAAACCACACGUCUGAUAUCAUCCAUCGAGACUGGGCUUGUGCUCGGUUUAGCUAAAUGUCAUGCAGAAGCACUUAUCUGUUCCACUUAUUCUACCACUACAUCAAAAACUGUAUUUUCUCUGCCUCAUACACCAAGACUAGGCUUUUGAGCAACGUCUUGGAUGAAUUCUGGGGGUAUGCCUGUUUUACCCUGGGAACUGUUAGGUCUGGAGUGUAGUCAACCACCUGUCUUACUUGGAGUCACAGUUAGGAAAAAGAUUAGAGAUGCCAUUCAGAAGCCAGUGGGAGCUGGAGAAGGGAAAGGUUUCAGCCAAGCGGUGGGUGGAGAAAGGAAACAAACUGGAAAAAAUCUGCAUGCAACUUUCUGCUCUCUUCAUUUAGACUUUCCUCCAGGGACAUGGUGAAGUGGGUAUUUUUCCUAUUUUAGAGAAGGGUUGGAGAUUUCAUCAUCAGUAGAGGAAUUUGAGAGCGGGGCCUAGAGACUGGGGAACAUGCUACCGGGAGGGAGAAGUACUGGAGAAUGUGUUUAAGAAUGGGAAUGUGCCAGUGGUUGGGGCGAAUGGGAAGGAAGAGUUGAUUUAAAAGGAUGUGGGAAAGCUAAUGGAGAACCAAGCUCUUUAGAGGCAGUCUUUCCCAUGGGAAACUACAGGGUAGUUCUAACAUGUACAGAAGAGUCUUCUUUGUAGGCUCCCAAAGAGGGAGUCAAAGUAAUUGAGAUAAGGUAUCUCACCCCAUGGCCAACUGUCCUCUAAAAAUUAAGAGUGGAAGGUAUUAGUUGACCCAAAGGAGCUUCAGGUUAAAAUGGGAUAGAGUGGCAGAUUAGUAUCUUCUCUCUGUAUAGGACACAGGCAGGAGUUGGUUGGUACAGAAGCAUGAAGAGAGCCAGUUCAGCUCCUGUCAGAGCUGGAUGGGAGUUUUAAACAUUUGGGGUUGGGGGAUGGGGUGUUUUGGGGGAAGCAGAGAGUAAAUAAAGAUGUCUUAUGUUGUCCGCA